CACAACAAUAUUUUGAGGUCAUUUCAUUGCUUUAUCUCUACCACUGACAAUGUUGCAGAAAGGCUCUCUAAGAACCGAAAAAAUUGUAUCACAGAUCACAAAAGCUGAAGUUUCGCAGCAUAAUGGAUCGAAGAGCAGAAGUUUCUUGGAGGAGAUCUUUAAUGGAGUAUUUGACAUUUUGUUUAGAGUAUACAAAAUUUUGUUUGGAGUAUUGUAAGAAACAUAUAUAUCAAGUGACAUGGGUAGUAACAUUCUUAACUUCUUGUUUACCAUUCAUUGGUUUUUUCUCGUUGCUUGUAUUUUUGCUGGGAGGUUUUUUGGCUGUUCCUCUGGUUUUGUUCGUUUUCAGCAUGGCCUUUAUCACAGAGAUUCAAGACAUCGCACCCCAGAUUAUGAGGCCUCUUUUGGGUUUUUUGAAUUACUUGUUUCUGGGUAUUGUCUGCAAGAUCCCAAGUUUCAAAUACACAGGGUAUUUCACAGAUGAGCAGAACAAAGACAUGAUUGAGCAGGUUUUGGAUGAUCAGAAUCGGGAAAAUGUAUAUGAAAAUUAUGGGCAGAUAUUUGAAGAUUGGAAUUGCAGUGAGAGAAACUCAGAAGAAGUUGAACGAUUGAAUUUCAAUGGGGGAGACUCGGAAGAAGUUGAACGUUUGAAUUUUAAUUGGGAGUGCUCAGAAAGAGAAGAGGAAGAUGAAUUGGAGCCUCUGGAUACCUCUUCUUCGUCUGUGUGCAGUACAACCCCAUUUAGUUCUAAACUGAGUUAUAAUCAAGUGUGUAAUAACGAAGCAGGAUCUCAGCAAUUUGAGGACUGUAAUUCUCUGCAUAUAAAUCCAUCGAAGGGGAAUAUGAAUAUGAAGAUGGAUGGUUGGGUUUGUAAGGAAUCGAUGAGGUUGAGGAAGAAUUAUUACAGAGAGCUUCAAGCAUUGAAACACACACCCCUUUCAGAAUACAGACGAUAUGAGUCUGAGGAUGAUGAAUGGCAACCGACACGGUUCUAUGAAUUGCUAGAAUUUUGGCGGAAGAAAGAGAAAAACUGGACAUAACCCAAAAUUUCUUAAUUUGUGUUAGAAAAAUAGAAAUUCAUAUUGUUUAAAUAAUACAUUGAUUAUUGAUAUUGAAAAAUAAAAAAUGUUAUUUGAAGUGAAAAAUAUUUCCCAAUGAUGGGUUAAUAUGUGAUU